CAUUCAUGGCUUCGCUCAUCGAAUCCAAUCUAAUUUCCAAGCUCGAAUCCUCCACUUCUACUCCUAUCUUCUCCCUCUUCUUCGAUUUCCUUAUCCCCUUCACCGAUCUCAAAAGCCCCAAGAAGCCCAAACUCCAAAUCCAGACACUCACUCCAUCUCUAGCUAAGCAGUUCCUCCCAUUCCUUAAUCGUUGUCUUUCAAUUUUACCAAAACGACUCUCUGAUCCUUCCAAAUUACGCUCCGAGAAGAAGCCAUGACCUCUUCUUAUAUUUUGGCCAUGGAAAUGGAGCACAAUACAUUUCCCAGCAAGAGAUUCAAAAGCUUGAAAUUUGUGCUGCUACUCUUCUGAUGGGAUGCAGUAGUGGUGCUUUGUCACUACAUGGGUGUUACACGCCACAAGGUACUCCUUUAUCCUAUCUUCUUGCUGGUUCCCCAAUCAUUGUUGCAAAUCUUUGGGAAGUUACGGACAAGGAUAUCGAUCGGUUUGGAAACGCUGUGCUUGAUGCCUGGUUAAAGGAAAGAUCUAGUGCUUCCACUAGUUGUGCCCAAUGCAAUUUACUAUUGAAAGAAUUUGAGGCCAUGAACUUGAAGGAUGGCAAAGUUACAAUCAAGAGGAAAGUCCCAAAGAAGAAAGAAACUGAAACUUGUGAUAGUGAAUCCUUGAAUUCUUGUAACCAUAGACCCAGGAUUGGAUCAUUCAUGAGUCAAGCUCGUGAAGCAUGCACCCUCCCUUGUUUGAUUGGAGAAUCUCCAGUGUGUUAUGGUGUCCCUACUGGCAUAAGGAGGAAGAAGGAUUUGUAGCAAUAUUAACCAGUUAUUUUAUUUUGCCAAAUUGGCUUGGCUUUGGAAUUUUUAGACCCAAUGCAAGUUAAACAUCAACGGAAUUAUGCCACAAGAUUCAGCUAACAUCCACUGAUAGUUUUCAUUUCCUGUGAAAUUGCAAUAUUCCUGUCAACGGGCAUAUGUGAAAUUGCAAUA